CCAAUUUAUCUUCCUUCAUUAAAUAUCUCCUCAGCUCAUCGUUUCCCUUCUUCCGCUUUAAACGCACAGAGAAACAUCAAAUCUUCAAUCUUCAUGGCAAAGUAACCCGUCUUCCUGAUUCUGCUUCUGCUUCAUGGUUUAGGUUUUGGGUAUUUCUCUUCCGUAAUUUCGUAGGAUUCGAUUAGGAAUUCGAUAUGGAUAGGAUCAGUAAUCUGUCGGACGAUCUGCUCUUAAAGAUCUUCUCCUAUCUCCCCACCAAAUACGUCGUCACGACAACGCUUCUGUCCAAAAGAUGGAACUCUGUCUGGACGAUGGUGCCAAGAUUCGAUUUCGACGACGGUUUCGAACUCGACCCUUCCCGUUACCAAACGUUCACUAACCACGUGGGCAAAACGAUGUCGUUGCGCGCAUCUCCGAUUCUCGAAUCUCUGAGAUUCGACGUCGGUCCUUGCUGCGGCACGGGAGACAUGGUGACGUGGAUCAGACACGGGAUGGCUCAGGGCGUGCGCGAGCUCGAGAUCUUCCACACGGAAGAACACUUAAAGGAAGAACAUAGACCGAUCAAGCUACCGAAGAGUCUUUAUACUUACGAGAAGCUCGAGGUGUUGAAACUCACUUACUCGAUUGGUCUUGAUGUUCCUCUCGACGUUUGGUUUCCUUGUCUGAAAACGUUGCACCUUAUCAGCGUGAAGUACGAGACGAAAGGAUGUCACAGCAGGCUUUUGUCGGGAUGUCCUGUUCUCGAGGAGUUGGUGUUGGACAAGAGUUUGAACGGCCACUCUAUGAGAGCUUUCUAUGUCGAGAUGCCUAAGUUGCAGAGGCUAUCUGUGGUUGAUGUGUGCGAGGAGCCGAACUACGGUGUUGAUGGGCUUCAUAUGACUGUGAUCAAUGUACCGUCUUUGAAGUGUUUGAGCUUUGUUGAUUACUUCGAUGACUUGUGUUUGUGUGAGAAUAUGCCUGAGGUGGUUGUGGCUAAUGUCAAAGUUGUUUACAAUAGUCCUGAGAAGCUACUCGCUUCUAUUCCAUCUGUCAAGCGUCUCUGCUUAUGUUUAUCCGCUUCACUGCUUCACAGCUGCCUUGGAUUUUAUCAUCUUGUUCAUUUGGAGAUAUGUGCAGCUUCCCGAGGGUGGUGGAAUCUACUUACUUGGAUGCUAGAAAGUUCUCCUAAACUACAAGUUCUCAAAAUACGCGUGUGCAACGAACGCCCUUGUACCAUGAAGUCUAUUAGAGGUCAUUGGAGAGGACCAAGUUCGGUUCCUGAAUGUUUGAUGUCUCAUUUACAUACUUUCAAGUGGAAGAAUUACAACGCAAAAGAGGAAGAGAAGAAAAUAGUGGCGUAUAUUCUGAAUAACGCAAGACGGUUGAAGAUUGUGGGUAUCUCUGGGUGGAGAUACUAUUCAAAGGAAGAGAGAUCUAAGAAACUCAAUGAGUUGGUUUCUCUGCCUAGAGCUUCAAGCUCCUGUCAGCUUCUGAUGGACUGAGAAAAGAUUGUCGUAUUAUCUGUUCCAUGAAAUCUAGAAGCAUUCCUGUCUAGAAGUAUAGAUGUGUUAGAAGCUCUUAGAGCUUCUUAUGUUCUUAUUCAUACUAGUUAGAAUAUUAGAGGGAGUAGAGUUUACUUGUAUUCUGGAUAUGGUAUCUUUCUCCUUAUAUUUUCUCUUCCAAAUUAUCACUACCUUUGAAACCGGCUCUGAUGCGAGUUGUUAAUUCUUCCAUUGGAUUUGGUUAAGCUCUGUACAUGAGAGUCAAUGGUGGACUGAGUUCUGGUCCUUCACCUCCAUACCUUCCUCGGUUCCAGUUUGUUGAAGGACCCCAAAGCUGUCUUGUCCUUCCGUUCCAGUUUCGUUAUGUUUUGAGUGUUCUUGGGAUUUUGUAGCUUCCAUCUUCUAGUUUCCUUGUGGUGCAUGUGUUUGUCACUCUGAAUUGCUAGGGAAGCAACGGGUAUUAGCUCAAGUUAUGGCCCAGUGGUCUCCAUGGUGCUUUUGUCUUCAGUAUCAUCUAUCCACUCCUUCAGCUUAGGAGUCUUACUCUUGACACUGUCGUUUUGUGUCUCUGGCUUCUUGUUGCUCCAUCUUUGUCAUAUGUGGUCUUUACUUUGUCAUCUGAGGACACGUUAUGGUCUCUGUGGAAUGGUUUAAGUUAUGGUAAGUGGUUCUCUUGGUGUCCAGAGGUUUUGAUGCUCCGUUAUUGGAUUCAGUCAAGAUGCGGGUGUGUACAGACUCGGUUUGUUAAGUCUACGUGUGAAGUCGUUAUCCUGAUCUUUGGAUGAUGGCUUUAAGGCGUUGUGCUUCUUAGGUGAAGAUGGUAAUGCUAUAUGAGUGAAGCGGGAUACUUUUGUGAAGGUGUUUCUCUUUAGAUUUAGGGUCAAGUUUCUGGUUAUAAAGUCUCCGGCUUAUGGCUCCAGUUUCUAUCCGGCUUAGUUGUUUUCUUAAGGUUUUAAGUAUGGUGUUAUGAUCAGUCCAUCCCGUCUAUGGGAUGUGAUGAUUGUAUGUAUCGAACUUGUUCUUUUGAUGUUAAUCUUCAGAUGAUAAAAGAAUAAAAAAACAAUAUACCUUAAAUU